CUCGAUUUAUAAGUCUUGCCUAAGUCCUAGACUUGAAUGAAGCAGCCUGGCUGAAAGUCGUAUUUGCUUUUGCUUUUUUUGUUCUCUUUUCUUAGUUAGGCCCAAGAAAAUACAAGAUAUAGCUUGACUAAUAUACUAAGAUGAUAGAUAGAGACUAAAGAUGAGAGUGCAGGAUCUAGAUUUGUAACAAAUAUUCGACUUUGCUUAUGCAAAUUGUUAUGUACUUCGUCAUUUACAUACAUAAAGUUAGGGACCAAACGUGCAAUUUUAAGCAAACCAUAAGGACGAAAAACACAACAAAAUCAAACCAGAAGGAACGACCGAUCGAAGUGCAAAAAAAAAAAAAAAAAAAACAAACAUGUAAUUUUGACCAAAUGGAUUUUAGUAAUUUACUCUUUGGGGAAUUGUUCAAUGCUUUUCAUAUUUCUAACCAGACACGAUUUUAUGGAAUUUACUCUUUAGGGAAUUGUUCAAUGCUUUUCAUAUUUCUAACCAGACACGAUUUUAUGGAAUGAUCUGUUUGCUUCCCCUUUCUCUCGAAGAUCGUUUACAUUUACACGAUAUAUUUGGUGCGUUGGGACUUUGAAUCUAAGUUGACGUCUUUUAUUGGCGUUUCGCGCUUUGAUAAUCAAAGAGUUCUACCCGCUAAAUUAAAGCAUGUGUAUUUCCGUAUCAAACUCCUACUGUUCACUGCUCAAGCUCUGUUGUGAAACCCGUAACCAACUUCAAGCAAAGAAGCUCCAUUGCUUUAUAAUUAAAACCAUAGUAGAUAUCGAGACCUUUUUGCUCAAUAAUUUCAUCAGCAGUUAUCACAAAUUGGGCAAUAUUACUUAUGCACGCAAAGUGUUUGAUCAAAUUCCUCAACCAAAUCUUUUUUCAUGGAACACCAUACUUUCUGCUUAUUCGAAAUCAGGGAACCUACUGGAAAUGGAAAAGAUCUUUCAUGGCAUGCCGAAACGAGAUGGUGUCUCAUGGAACUCAGUUAUUUCCGGUUACGCUAGUUUUGGUUCUUGUGAUAAAGCAUUAAAGGCGUAUAAGUCGAUGUUAAAAGACGGAAAAUCUGUGAAUUUGAAUAGGAUUACAUUUUCGACUAUGCUCAGUUUAUCCACAAACAACGGGUUUCUUGAUUUGGGUAAACAGAUCCAUGCGCAGAUAGUAUCUCAUGGGUUUCAAUCUUACGUAUUUGUGGGUAGUCCAUUGGUUGAAAUGUACUCAAAAGCAGGUAUUAUAAACGAUGCAAGACAAGUGUUCGAUGAAUUGCCUGAGAGAAAUAUCGUAAUGUAUAACACAAUGAUUAUCAAUCUUCUCCGUAGUGGCAUGAUUGAAGAUUCAGAGCAAUUAUUUCAUCUCACACCUGAAAAAGAUUCAAUCACUUGGACAACCAUGAUUACAGGGUUUACCGAAAACGGUUUAUCCAAAAAAGCAAUCGAUAUAUUCAGAGAAAUGAGAAAGCAAGGAUUCAAUAUAGAUCAGUUCACAAUUGGAAGCAUCUUGAAAGCUUGUGGAGGAACUCUGUCUCUAAAAGAAGGUUCCCAAAUCCAUGCAUACAUCAUAAGAACUGACAUCAUGGACAAUGUAUACGUUGGAAGCUCCCUUGUUGACAUGUAUGUGAAAUGUAAACAUUUAAACUAUGCAAGAACAGUAUUCAGUAAAAUGAAAGUCAAAAACAUUGUUUCUUGGACUGCAUUGAUAGUGGGGUAUGGGCAAAACGGUCAUUGUGAAGAAGCAAUAAGGUGUUGUUGUGAAAUGCAAAGAAAUGGAAUACAUCCAGAUGACUUUACACUUGGAAGUGUCAUAAGUUCAUGUGGGAAUCUUGCUAGUUUAGAAGAAGGCGAACAGUUUCAUUGUCAUGCACAAGUUUCAGGUUUGAUUUCUUUCAUAACUGUUUCCAAUUCACUUGUAUCCUUCUAUGGAAAAUGUGGAACAAUUGAGAAAUCUAGUCAAAAGUUUAAUGAAAUGAAAGUCAAAGAUGAGGUGUCAUGGACUUCUUUGAUUUCAGGGUAUUCCCAAUUCGGUGAAGCUAAUAAAACAAUCGAUCUUUUUGAAAAAAUGUUGACUAGUCAACUCAAGCCAGAUGGAGUAACAUUUAUAGGUGUUCUUUCAGCUUGUAGUAGAGCAGGAUUAGUUGAAAAAGGUAAAAAAUAUUUCAAAUCAAUGAUUCAAGAACAUGGAAUUGUUCCAGUUUCUGAUCAUUAUAGUUGUAUGAUUGAUCUAUUGAGUAGAGCUGGAUAUAUUGAAGAAGCUAAAUGUUUUAUAAAUGAUAUGCCUUUUUCCCCUGAUGCAUUUGGAUUAUCUACAUUACUUAGUUCAUGUAGAUCUCAUGGGAAUUUUGAAAUCGGUAAAUGGGCUUCAAAGUGUUUACAAGAAUUAGAGCCUCAGAAUCCUGCAAGUUAUGUGUUGUUAUCAGAAAUGUAUGCUGCUAAAGGGAUAUGGGGUGAGGUGGCGAAUUUAAAAAGUGAAAUGAGAGAUAAAGAUAUAAGAAAAACCCCGGGGUUUAGUUGGAUUAAAUAUAAAAACAAAGUGCAUGUGUUUUCAGCUGAUGAUAGAUCAAGUCCUUAUUUAGAUAAGAUUUAUGAUGAGCUUGAGAAGUUAAACAUUAAGAUGAUAGAAGAAGGGUAUGUUCCUGAUGUAAGAUUUGCUCUUCAUAAUGUGGAGGAGAGUGAAAAGAUAAGGAUGCUUAAUCAUCAUAGUGAGAAACUUGCUAUUGCUUUUGGGUUGAUUUUUAUUCCUAAGGGUAUGACUAUUAGAGUUGUUAAAAACUUGAGGGUGUGUGGGGAUUGUCAUAAUGCAACUAAGUUGAUUUCAAAGAUCACAAAGAGAGAGAUUCUUGUGAGAGAUUUAGUUCGGUUUCAUUUGUUUAAAGAUGGAAAGUGUUCUUGUGGAGAUUUUUGGUGAUGAUUUGUUUUCGUUAUACUUGUGUUUUAAUGGAAGUAAGUAAUUUGAUUUUGUUUUUCUGUGUUUGGUUGGAUGGAUGGAAUGGAAUCACUAAGGAAUGGAAUGGGAUGAGUCUUUACCAUGUAUUUUUUUAAUAGUAUUUUAUAUAUUAUUUAGGGAAAAUUGUAAAAGUUAGCAACUUUACUCUUGAUGCAAAUAUGGGCAAUGUAUUUUCUUUUUUGCAACAAACAAGUUUAAAGAAAUAGAAAUGGAGUUAGCAUUACCUUUUAAUUGUCUCAGCUUGGAUUUAUUCGCACCGAUUUCUAAUGUUCUUUUAGUGUGCACGUUAGCAGCGCCACAUCAGUUGCCAGAUAAGCAAAAUUAAUGAGACACUUA